AAAGGCUGAACUGGAAGAAGCAAAAAAGUGGAGUGCUGAUAGCAACUCUCUUCAAAAACUAUUUCCCCGCUUCAUUACUAACCGUCCAUUUCCACAUCCAAACCAACGGCUCAGAUCCCUCAAAUUUAAUUCCCAAAAUACACAGAAUCUUGCUCUUUCCUCUCUUUCAAUUUCCACAGAUUUUCAGUGCUGCUAAUUCAUCUUCAUCCCUCUAUAUUUCUCAUUGAUUUUCCCUGCAAAGUUUCUUCUUUUGUUAGCUUCCAGGAAAAAGUUUUCAACUUUCUGGCAUUUUGAGCUGUUUCAUCAACUGGGUGAGUGAAAAUAUUUUCUGGGCAUGUUUGGAUAGUGAGGAAAAAAAAAAAGUUUUAUAGAAUGCCAGUGUCAACAAGGUCUCAGAUCAACAACCAUGGACAAAAUGAGCCAAGCCCAGAACAGAGAACAAGGACUAGAGCAAGUCAAGAAGACAUUUAUCUGAGUGUUCCUUUGAGAAACCCACAUCAUGGCCUCAAAGAGAAGAUGAGAGCACUGACCCUUUUGUAUGAGCAGCAAAAGCAAGCUUCUGCAGCUCUCAAGAACCAGUCUUUGAGGCAAGAAGAGCACCGGUUUCGGACCCACCCGAGUAUCGAUCUCCUUGGUGGCUCUUGUAAGAAAGAAGACAAGCAAUCAAGGCCAAACCUUGUGAUGAGAGAGAACACAAUGCCCACAAUGCCUCCUAAUUCAACAGUUACAAGAACUUUUGUGCUCCCUCAGCCGCCAAUCCACGAAGCCAAGGAGAAUUUGGUGGCUGGUUCAGAUCGAAUUGUCGGGUUUUCGUGCCCAAGAAAGGCUGCAGCCUCGACCACAGUGGCGCGGAAGCUCUCAAUGGGGACAUCAGGGCUGCCACCGGAGGUUAAAGGCGUGGGUGUGAGCAAGAAUGUGCAAGAAUUGGAGACUGUUUCGGAGAAUCCUGGCACGGGCAGGAGUCGUAUUCUUGUGUUUGUGAGGCUCAGGCCUUUGGCUAAGAAGGAAAAGGAGGCGGGUUCGCGGUGUUGUGUCAGGAUUUUGAAUCGAAGGGAUGUUUAUCUGACGGAAUUCGCGCAUGAGAACGAUUAUCUGAGGCUAAAGAGGCUUCGUGGACGGCAUUUUACCUUUGAUGCUUCGUUUCCAGACAGUGCUACUCAACAGGAUGUUUAUUUGACAACGACAGCAGAGCUAGUGGAAGCUGUUCUUCAGGGAAGGAAUGGGUCGGUAUUCUGCUAUGGUGCAACUGGAGCUGGGAAAACAUAUACAAUGCUAGGUACAGUGGAGAAUCCUGGAGUGAUGGUUUUGGCAAUUAAGGAUCUUUUCACCAAGAUAAGGCAAAGGAGCUCUGAUGGAAACCAUGCAGUUCAUCUCUCUUAUCUUGAGGUCUAUAAUGAAACCGUCCGGGACUUACUCUCCCCUGGAAGGCCUUUGGUACUUAGAGAAGAUAAACAGGGGAUCGUGGCAGCAGGCCUUACACAAUACAGAGCUUAUUCUACAGAUGAAGUGAUGGCAUUGCUUCAACAAGGAAACCUAAACCGAACCACUGAACCAACUCGUGUCAAUGAAACUUCUUCACGUUCCCACGCCAUUCUGCAGGUUGUGGUUGAAUACCGGGUUAAAGAUGCUUCCAUGAAUGUAGUGAACCGAAUAGGCAAGCUCUCACUGAUUGAUCUUGCUGGCUCAGAGAGAGCUCUUGCUACAGAUCAGAGAACACUUAGAUCUCUCGAGGGUGCCAACAUAAAUCGUUCACUUCUUGCACUAAGCAGCUGUAUCAAUGCCCUUGUGGAGGGCAAGAAACACAUACCAUACCGGAAUUCAAAGCUCACCCAACUUCUCAAGGACUCGUUAGGAGGAGCUUGUAACACUGUAAUGAUCGCCAAUAUUAGCCCAAGCAAUCUCUCAUUUGGUGAAACCCAAAACACACUUCAUUGGGCUGAUAGAGCCAAGGAGAUUCGGACUAAGGCAUGUGAGGUAAAUGAAGAAUUGCAUCAAGUGCCUGAAUCCGAAACUGAUCAAGCCAAGCUAUUACUCGAAUUGCAGAAAGAGAACCGUGAAUUGAGAGUGCAGCUGGCCCGCCAGCAACAUAAACUAAUUACCCUCCAAGCCCAAUCCUUGGCUGCACAUGCCUCUCCAACCCCUUCCUCAGUUACCUCUCUAUUGACUCCUCCCACUGCUACAGCCCAACCAAAUGUAAAAAGAAAAUCUAAACCUUCUUUCUUAUCUGGGAAUUGUUUCACACCAGAAUCCAAGAAAAAAGGAGCAGAGGAAGAAGCUAGAGAGCUUCGGCAGAUUGUGAAAGCUUUAGAGGCAGAAAUUGAGAAAAUGAAAAAAGAUCAUACUUUGCAGCUAAAGCAAAAGGAUGAUCUCAUUCAUGACCUCUCGCGCAAGGGUGAAAAUCCAUCAAAAGUGAAAGUGGAAGGAGUGAAGAGGGUAGUCACAAGGUCUAGCUUGCGGCCAAAGGAGCCAAGCACUGGUGACUUAAAGAGCCCUAGUCACCGUUUCCGGUCACCAGUCCCUACAGCUAAAAAAAGAAGCUUUUGGGACAUAACAACAGCUAACAGCCCAUCAAUUGCUACAUUAAAUGGAAGAAAAACAAGGAGCCAUGUAAUCUCUGAACCUGCUGCAGCUCCCUCCAUGCUUCUUCAGCUUGCAUACCCAUGUUUCUGGUUUGUGUUCAUGUUCGGCCCACACAUUGUCAAUUACAUCAUGCAGCCAGGUUUUGCUCGUCAAAAGCCCGAGCCAUUGAAGUAACAAAUGAAGAAGAGAAGUUGGAUGAGAGAAGAAACAACUUAAAAGGUGAUUACAAGGCAGGAAGACUACCAUGUUCUGCUCGAGCUGGAGUUUCAACAUGAAGAAAAUUAUUGCUUGGUAGGUGGUAUUUGUGUUUUCCUCUACUUAUCAUGUUAUCAACCAAGCCCACAGUGGGAAAUGUGUUGCUCAUUGUGUUAUUCUUUUCUAAAUCGAUAUAUUCAAUUAAGGUUACUAGAACGUACAUAUCUCAUUAGCUCAUUUUUUACAA